UGUGUCUUUUUCAACAGAACCACGCUGCUCAACAAUGGAAGACACGAACGGCUGCGAAGGAAAUGGGGAACAGCAGUAUGAUCCAUCUGCUGAAACAUACACAAAUAACACAGAAACAGAAGAACAAACUGAAGUGCAACCAGCCCAAGAAGGAGAAUCAGGAGACACAUGUGAAUCUGAAGAAAAACCAAAAGAUAACGAAGAAUGCAAAUUGUUUGUUGGAGGAUUAAGUUGGGAAACAACAGCAAAGGAUCUGAGGGAAUAUUUUGAAAAGUUUGGAGAGGUGACAGACUGCCAACUGAAAAUAGAUCAUCAGACUGGAAGGUCAAGAGGAUUUGGCUUUGUUACAUUUAAAGAAACAGAUGCUGUCCAUAAGUGCACAUGUGAAAGUGAACACAAGCUUCAUGGGAAGGUAAUCGACCCCAAGAGAGCCAUGGCAAGGGGACAGAAAGAACCAAUUAAGAAAGUGUUUGUAGGAGGAUUAGACCCCGAUUUCCCAGAGGAUGAGCUCAGGACAUAUUUUAGCAAGUUUGGAAAGAUUGUAGAGAUUGAUCUUCCUUAUGACAGGACAAAGGGUUCUAGGAGGCAUUUCUGCUUUAUCACAUUUGAAAGUGAAGAAGUUGUAAACAAAGUUGUAGCAGAACCAAAGCAAAAACUAGGAGAGAAAGAGGUGGAUGUGAAAAAGGCCACACCCAAGCAGAAUGAUAGCUAUGGCGGUGGUGGCCGUGGGGGUGGAUUUGGUGGCAGAGGAGGUGGAAGAGGCCGUGGACGAGGAUAUGGAGGUGGCCCAGGGGGCUGGAACCAAGGGUGGAACAACCAAGGCUAUGGUGGAUAUGGAGGCUAUGGCGGAUAUGAUCAGGGAGGCUAUGGUGGAUAUGGAAACUAUGGAGGAUAUGAUCAAAGUGGAUAUGGUGGCGGAUAUGGCUCCUGGAGUGGAUAUGACCAGGGCGGAUAUGGAGGCGGCUAUGGUGGAGGUUAUGGUGGCGGAUAUGGAGGUGGAUAUGGACAAGGUUACGAUUACAGUGGAUGGGGCUAUGGACAGGAUCAAGGCGGCCAGAGCAAUUACGGGAAGGCUCCAAAGCGUGGUGGGGGAGCCGGAGGAGGCCAGGGAGGCUAUCACCCCUAUAACAGGCAGUAAACAUGGGCUUCUGUGGCCAGUAUGUUGAAUAAACCUCAUGGUUGUGUAAGGGGACGGUAUUGCCCAGCAGAGAUUGAACGAACACUAUAGAUAGUUUUCUUAAAGUAGAAACCGUUGUCAUUGUAAUGAUAAAAGAAUCGUGCGACUUUGAAAACGGUACUGUACAUAAUUAGAUUGGAUUCUCCAUGGAAAUAGCAAAAAGAAAAUGUCAUUGACGGUUGCUAGCAAAUGGCUUUAACACCGGUCCGAUUCUGCAUUUUGUUUUUGUUUUUAGAAAAAUUUUAAAUUGGAUCAUUCCACUGAAUGUUAAACAUCAAUUAUGAAAUGUGGCAGAAAUUGUAAAGAUAGUUGAAUUUUCUUAAUGUAAAAUUUUAUUAUGUAACACCGAAGUGUAGUAGGUAAUAAAGUCACUGAUUUUAGUUGAA